UUGGAAGUCAUUACUGUCACCUGCUUCAAUAUCGCUUUUUAAAGACGAAUGGACGGAGGCCUUUCAAACUCCGCUGGUUGUUUCACGGGAAGUGCCGAUAGAAGCAUAUUCUUCAUGGAGUGAAUUGAAAGAAGCCAUUUUAGACGAAGACGAGUACGAAGAGGACGUUGUGUUGACUUCACAAGAAGUCAAUGUCCCGCCGUCAACUUAUGGGUGCAAACCCGCAAGAGAAGAAUCUGGAGUUAUACAAUGUAAUACAUGUUCGAAAAAACUGUUUGCAAGUGGUUUUGUAGAGCAUACUGAAGAUUGUGAAAAGAUAAAAGCGAUGUCUUUGACAUCCACAAAGAAGAUACCUGUAGAUGAGAUACCUGUAAAUAAAAACUCAAAAGAUAUAGAUAGCACGUAUGUUUCAAAUAAAAAACGUAAACGAUCCGUUACUUCUGAGGUUUCUACGUCAGCAUCAGAUACGAGAUCAUCCCCUGUAAAAAAGCAAAAAGUUAAGAAGGAAAAAGAAAAGAAAUCCAAAUUAACAAAACGAAAUAAAGGACCAAUUGACUUGGAUAAACAAUGUGGAGUAAUUGAACAUACCGGUAUGCAGUGUUCACGUUCAUUGACUUGUAAAAGUCAUUCUAUGGCCUUGAAACGAGCAGUUCAGGGUCGUUCACAACCAUUUAACACAUUGCUCUCUCAGUAUCCAAAGAAGUCAAUUGGUCGCCCACAAAAUAAUGGUGUACCAGACAAUAAAGCAGAAAAUAGCAAGAAUGAUGGAAGUACAGUAGAAGUCUGCGAAAAUGAUGAUGGGGUCGUUGAUUCAGACGAAGAAGUUGAUGCAGUUAUGGAAGCUAUCAUGUGUAACAAACCACAACCACUUGUUACUCGGCCGGAAUCAUACGUUCCAUCUACAAUAGCCAAGAGUAUCCAAAAUCGUAUGACAGGUCUUGCAGAUAAUAAUAAUGUAUAA